GGCCUCUAAGUAGCGUCUCUCAUCAUUAUAGUUCCUGCAGCCUUCUCUAUGGCUACGACUGCUCAUUUGUAAGUGCGGGAUGUUUCCACGGCUGUGGCUUCAUCUUUUGUUACUCACCACUGUUUGCCAUUCAGUUUAUGGGGCCCACACACACACACACACACGGAUCCCUCUUUCUUUUAUUUAGGGAAUUCCAGGCACAUGUGAGUGAAGCGGGGAGGCAGUCCACAUACCCCUCCCCCUCCAGCUGGUAUCCCCCUUCAUUCUCAUGGAUUUCUCAUGGGGCUAAAGCAGACGAAAAAAGAGGAGGAGGAGGAGGAGGAGGAGGGAGAGUGGGGAGGUGGUGGAGGAGGAGAGGGGAAAGAGAGCUAGGCUAAUUCAUCAAUAAUCUUUACCUAAUCCCUCCUCCCUUCUCCCCUUCUCUGUCGCACUUACUCUCUCUCUCUCUCUCUCUCUCUCUCUCUCUCUCUCUCUCUCUCGCUCUCUGCCUGGAGGCAUUCAAGCAGUACAUCCAUCCCCCGCCCUUACCUCACACAGACACACACACUCACUCACUCACAGCCCUUAUACUCACUUGCAUGCGCAUACACAUAAGAGUCUGCCUGAACACGUCCAGGGGGAUGAAUCCAGCAGAAGAGUGUUAUUUCUUUCACCUCUUCUGAGUGUGUGUGUGUGUGUGUGUGUGGUGUCCUCAGAGGGUUGUGUGUGUGUGUGUGUGUGUCUGCUCUUGACCGGGAGCUAAAAUGGUGAUUAUAGACUGGAGAGACUAGGUGUGGCGAGUUGGGGCGGCGUCAAAGGCUUUUGUCUGUAGUUCCUGUACAGCCCACCAACCAGGAGGGAGGAGGUCCAGCCGUGUCUAUCAAGAGUGUGUGUCCUGGAGCCAUGCUCAGUCUGGGCUUGAAAGAGCCGCCACUGCCGCUGCUGCUGCCGCCGCUGCUGCUGCUGCUGCUGCUACUGCUGUGUGGAGCUCAACCACUCUCACGCCAAGACUCCAGCCACAGGGAAUCAGACGAGCACAAGUUCAAGAGGCUCAGGACCUUUGUUGUCGGCUUCAAGAAGUGAAGGAAGAACUGCUGGAGCAUAUCUGUGUCUUCUUCUUCUUCUUCUUCUUCUUCUUGCAACACAUGGCAGAGAUUUUCUUCAGGGGAACCUAAACUUCUGUGGAGUGCAAGUGAAGAGGCUUUCUUUUUCUGUUCUGGGGGAUUUGUUUUAUGAAAAGCGACCGCUCUGAUUAGUGUUCACAUUUUAAAGGAUGAGCUCUCGAUGACAAAACCGCUUGGAAUAUGGGAUUUUUAACAUUUGCCUUGGACCAUGGGGACGUGCAACUCUGCGUUUGUGCUCAGCUCUGGGUGAUUUUGAUGACCCUUGCAGGUAAAAUCUUUCCCACCAGCUCCGAUGCUCUCCUCAGUUCCUCGGCGAUGACGGCCAGUCCCUCGCCGCCAAGCGUCUACCUGCCUGCCAACUUCAAAAUGUCCAAUGCGCAGCUGGCUUUCUUCCUGCGGGAGGCCCAGAUCACAGGGCAGACGGUCGGUGGGGGCGGUAAGAGCGGCAGCAGUGGCCCCGGCACCGGACACCCACUGCAACGAGCUGAGAGUUUUGUGGUUUUCCAGACAAAAGACCUCCCUGCCAUCAACAUAAGCUUUGGGCCUUUUGCCCGGGACCAGGCUCUGUCCAAGGAGCUGCUGCAACCAGCUAGUCCGCUGGAUAUCCCCGGCCAGCUGACCGUCAACUGGAAGGUCCGCGCCUUCAUUGUCCAGGCCCGGGUGUUUUCCAACAACCCCGCGGUCCAGGUGUUUUUCUACAUCGCUGGCCGCGACUGGGACGACUUCAAGGCUCAGGACAAGCUUCCCUGUGUCCGUCUGCAUGCCUUCAGGGAUGUCCGUGAAAUUAAAACCUCCUGUCGCAUGAAAGGCAACCUGGCGCAGUGCUUGGCCCAGCUGGAUCUGCCUGUGUCCUGGUUUAACACCAACGUGGCCCCGCUGGGCCGCAGGAAAGGCUCCGGCGACGGGCUCCUGGAUGGGCUGACGAGUGAGACUUUGCAGGCCGAGCUCUACUACACGCUCCAUGAGCCCAAUCUGGAAGGGGAGUGCAGCGAGGGUUCAGGUUACAGGACUGGUGGUGGCGCUUCCAGGGGAGAACCUUUGUCACAGCACCCCCUGCUGCGCAUUGGGAGCAUCAGCCUGUACCAGGCCAGUCAGGAGCAGCAGCUGGUGGACAAGCAGCUGGACAAAAACAUGUUCCUCAGGCUGCCCGAGAAACCGCUGAAACCCGGGGAGACGCUCACCAUCUUCCUCUACUUGAUGCCCAACUCCACUGUGGAGCAGUUCAGCCUCAAGGUCAAAGCAAAGAAAGGGGUGAACCUGCUCCAGACUCAGUCGAAGAACGCUCAGUGGAAGGUGGACUGGGAGGUGCAGUCCGGCGCCAAACACUCCAUUACCACCAUCGAGGUGAACAAGAACAAAGCAGUCAAACAAGGGGACGUGCUGGGCAACGUGGAGGUGAUGCAGCUGGACUUCGAGAUGGAGAACUUCACCAGCCUCUCGGUGACGAGGAGGAUCAACUGGAACAUCGACUACAAGGGCCAGAGCCCGACCCCCGACUCUGAGAAGGUGGUGACGGAGUUGACAGUCGUGCAGCGGGACAUUCAGGCCAUCAUCCCUUUGGCCAUGGACACAGAGAUUAUCAACACGGCCAUUCUGACCGGACGCACCGUGGCCAUCCCUGUGAAAAUGGUCUCCAUAGAGAUGAACGGCGCGGUCACUGACGUCUCCGCCUCUGUGCAGUGCAAGUCCUCAAAUGAAGACAUUGUGAAGGUGUCCAUGAAUUGCGACUACGUGUUCGUCAACGGGAAGGAGACGCGGGGAUCCAUGAACGCCAGGGUCAUCUUCAGCUACGAGCAUCUGAGCGCGCCGCUGGAGCUGACGGUGUGGGUGCCCAAGCUUCCUCUACAAGUGGAGCUGUCUGAUAACAACCUCAGCUUCAUCAAAGGUUGGAGGGUUCCAAUCCUGCCUGACCGGAGAAGCACCAGAGACAGCGACGCGGACGACGAGGACGACGAGCGCCGCGUGAGUCGGGGCUGCACGCUACAGUUCCAGCGAGCCCUCGUCAAGGUCCUGACCCAGUUCCACACCACUUCCACAGAGGGGACCGACCAGGUCAUUACAAUGCUGGGGCCCGACUGGCAGGUGGACGUCACCGACCUGGUCCAGGACUCGCUGAAAGUGGCUGACCCCAGGAUUGCGGAGUUGGUGGACCGGACCGUCCUGGUGGGCCUGGAGCUGGGAUCCACCGCGCUGAAGGUGGAGUCUCCGCUGGCCGUGGACGCGGUGCUCGGAGAGUCGGCGUUCUCCGUCACCGACGAAAAGGUCUCCAUCACAGAGCUGAGGGUUCACACCGUCGCAGGUCUGACGCUGUCGCUGCAGCCGAGCCCCGGCAACAGCCACACUAUGGUCGCCAAGGCAACGGGCAUCCAGACUCUCACCACUCCAAAACAGGAGGCCAGCUUCUCCAUCUGGAUGUUUUUCAGCGACAACACGGCCGCCACUCUGACUUACUUUGAUCCCAAAGACUACAACCUCAACGCCUCCACGCUGGACGACAAGGUGGUGUCGGUGUCGCAGGAGCCUCAGCAGCGCUGGCCCGUGGUGGUGGCAGAGGGCGAAGGAUCCGGUGAGACGGUGCGCGUGGAGAUGACCAUCUGCGAGGCCUGUCAGAAGACCAAGCGCAAAAGUGUCAUCGCGUCCGCGGCGGUGUACGUCAAGGUCCGCUUUGGCCCGGAGGAGGACUCUGAGGAAGAGGUCACCACAGAGGGAGAAAUUGAGCUGGCACCCGUUACCAGGCGUCCAAUCAUUGAUCCCAACAUCGAUGGAAGAGUUUAUGAGACGUCUAACGAGCAGCCUGCUAGUGUUCCCAUCGAUUACACCAAUUUCCCCACAGUUAGCAACGAGGAGCAGCCCACUGAGAGUGAUGAAGAGGAGGAGGACAACUUUGUGCACUCGCCACGCAACAUGACCGACCUGGAGAUCGGGAUGUACGCUCUGUUGGGCGUCUUCUGUUUGGCCAUCUUGGUCUUUCUCAUCAACUGCAUCGUCUUUGUGCUGAAAUACCGCCACAAGCGGAUCCCGCCCGAGGGUCAGGCCAACAUGGACCACUCCCACCACUGGGUGUUCCUGGGAAACGGCCAGCCCCUGAGGGCCCAGUGUGAUCUGUCCCCGCAGCAGAUAGAAAGCCCCAGUAACCCUCUGGAGAGCGUACAGACUUGUUGCCACGGAGACCACCACAGCAGCGGCAGCUCCCAGACGAGCGUUCAGAGCCAGGUCCACGGGCGGGGCGACGGCAGCUCCGGAGGCUCGACGAAGGAGAACGGCGAGGACGCCAGUUCACCCACCUCCAAGCGCAAGAGAGUGAAGUUCACCACCUUUACCACGCUGCCCACAGAGGAGCUGCCCUACAACUCCAUCCCCAUCGCAGAUGAGGAGGACAUUCAGUGGGUUUGCCAGGAUAUGGGCUUUCAAGACCCAGAGGAACUGCACGAUUACAUGCGCAGAAUAAAAGAAAUAGCCUGAGAUAAGCAGCUCUUCGGCUUUCUAAAGAAACCUUCCUUUCUAUUUUUCUCUUUUUCACCUGCGUGAAAGAUGAAUUCUUUCACAAACUAGAAAGGCCAACUGUCGUUUCGGUUCAGGUUUGUUCCAUUUAGUUUGCACAGUGCUGUGAUCACAUACACACUCACACUGCGGAGAGCGGAGGAAGCCAAAGACCUUGACCAGAGGAUCUCACUCACUCGCGGAAUCUGUAAAUUAUGGCGAUUAUAGGAAAUUCACUGGGAUGCUGAGCCAUGGCGACGCGUGAGAGCUGCUCCGGGAUCUGAUUUUAGAGAACGCCUGAUAUAGACACAUGGAGUGUGGAGGAACGUAUGGCUUCGGACGUGUUUUUGGCUCACGAGGACUCUGCAGUGCUGUACCGAAGCCAAACGAAGAGGCCUUUGAUGAACAAAAAAAAAAACUGUCAAAGACUCCAGUGAAAUGUGUUUGUUUGAAAUCAUUUUUUUUUUCUUUUUUGCCAAAGUAGGAAAAAAAAAAAAAAGAGUUUGUUUUGGGGUUUUUUUUGGGGGCAAAACUUAUUUCGUUGUUGUUCUUGGUGCAGCACACUCAUGAUUUGUACUCAUUCCUUGCAUUCGUCUACAUUUCACAGACAGUCAACAAGCAGUGGCCCCCACCACCACCCUCCCCUCCCUCCUGUUCCUGAACAAGUCUAAUGCCUUAUCAAAGCGGUCACAGUUCACUUCAGCGGACCACUUUUCCCUCACUGUCGCUCGAGUCAGUGUAGUAACCACGUGAAAACACGACCACUGAUCUCCAGCGUGGGGCAUCGAUAGAAAAGAGCUUGUGUAUUGCGGGGGGGGGGAAUCUCUAACAGUCUUUGCAUGGCAGGGGAUCUUGAGGCACAAUCAGCGACUUUUUUUUUCCUCCAAAUUUGUAAAUGUUUGUACUGUAGUUAUAUAACCAUUCAUACGACACUGCAGAAGUGAAUGUGUGAUCAUGCAUCACACACGCAUGCCAUGUCAGGCCUACAUGUGGACAUUCCUCUCUAAAAAAGUGUACGUGUAUAUAUAUGUCGUGUGGAGCGAGAGGAGCGCGGGCAGCCGGCCGACGUCUUGAAAAUUUUAUAGUCUUGUCGCGAGUGGAAGGUUUGCCUCGGCGAUGUCUCGGGGGGAACUGUGGCUUUUUAACAAACUGGCAACACAUGUGAUUGUUGGACGGGGGGAUUUGCUAUGCAUCAGAACUGUGACAGAAGAAAAAGAAAGAAGAGCGAAUCCUUGAAUGAUUUAUGAUUUCCCUUCUUCAAAUUCAGGCUAAACAAAAAGUGUUUCCCGUGUGUGUCAGAAAUCAUUCUCGUUGAUAAACAAGAUCCUGCAGGAAAUGUCAUCUCAACCAUGAAGACGAAUGCUCUUUUAAAUCACGGUCAUCCCACGUUGUGGCGCCGUGUUGUCUUUGUCGUCCCUUGUUAUGUUUUAAUAUACUCUGGUGAAUUCUUACCUGGCGGUCUGUGAACUUCACGGGCAGGGCCAGGACGACGGAGUGGUUGCUGAGUAGAUGCUGCUAAAAACAACAGGACUGGAAACAACAGUGGAAAGUGUUGGUUUUCUUGUGCGAGGGUGCUAAUUGCAGUGUAGAACUUUUAAAGUCUGUGUAAAGUUUCAGAAAAAUGUGCUAAUUACCACUGAGCCAGAGUUGACGGAUGAAAUCAAUUGCAAAGUGUAUUAAUUACUUGUUGCUGCAGUGUUCAGUGGUUAAAUACUGCAGGAAAGAUAUAUUAUAGGACCUCAACGUGUCCCUCAGACUUACUGCGGACACAUUUUACGCGACUACGUCUUUGUACCUUGAACCUAAAUCAGUCACGUGAGUGCAAAGCGUGUGUGACUGCGCGUGGCACGUCAUUUUAGGAUGAACGGAGCCCUGUGAGCGAAACACGUAGCGCGUAAAUUACAGAGAGAAACUUCAUUUGAAAUUUGGAAUUACAAUUAUUAAUAAUAAUAAUAAUAAUAAUAAGAAGAAUUAAUAAUUAUUCUAAUAUUUUCUAACAUAUAUAUCAUUUUAGAAUUUCCUUUACACUGACUUUAAAUGUUUACUGACUACUAAGGGGGGGGGGGGGAUAAAUAGUUAGCAUGAUGAAAAUGGAGUUUAAUUUUAAGAUUUUAACUGCUGUACUCACAACCUCAGUGACACAACCACAGAGUCAUCUCCUGAUGGAAUGAGCUAUUUGUCCUGACGACCUCAGGGUGAAUUUCUUGGUGUUUGUGAAGUUUCUCGUCAUGGUGAGAGUGUUUAAAAUUCUCCGAGCCUUUCAAACGUUAGAAUCAGAAUCUGAAGUUAUGGAAUUGAACCUGUGUCCUCAGCAGGUCCACAACCACAUGGUUCCUCUGGUCUGGCAGGUUCAGUUCCACAACCCAAGUCAAAAAGAAACUUUGUAGGAAAUCCGUUUCCUAUUAUUAUUUCCUGCUUCUAAGGGCUUGCAUUUUCAGGUCAUGCUUACAGAUGCCAUCUGUGGUGAUAAUGAACUUAAAAUGUCACUAAAUCAUUUUAAUUGUGUUAAACUCAACAGCCUCAAUCCAGAAUUGUUCUUCUUGUGGCAAUGCUGUUAUUACACUAAAUACUAGCUUCAGGGUUUCUAUUUACAAAAGAAAUAAUAAUAAUAAUAAAAGUUUCCCUUGCUCCUCUUUCAUUGGAAAACCACAUAACAAAUGUUAACUGUGAGCAUAGUGUCUUUACAUCCACAUUGUAAAUACUGGGGUUAAAAACAGACACUACUUUCUUCACAGAUUAUUUUCCAUCAGUAAACCAUACCUAUUCUACAUGUAUAUAUUUACGCCCACGUUUGAUAUAUUGAUAAAUCCUGGAUUGGGACUUUUAAAAAUGUUAGUUGUGUGAGUUUUAGCCACUUAACCAGAGGCUCGACGAUUGAAAUGUAUUCCCGUCUUAAGUCUACAGUGUCCGAAGAAUAUGUUUCACACUUUAUCUCAGCACGAGACAGUAUUUCCUGACUGGAAACUGAAGUCUGUGUCAUUUUGUAAACCGCUCACACCAAACCCCGUCGAGAAUAUCAGUGAUUUUAAAUCACAGCACACAGGCGUUUUUGAUGCACUGCUGCCUCCAUCACACAGUUUAAAUGGCUCAUUUUUUGACUCUACUAUUUGAAAUUCUUCCUCCCACAUUCACCGAAGUGACACAAACGUACCGAACUGUGCAGCAGCAGCGCAGCAGCUCCUGGUUAUCUCCAUGGACUUUGGUGCGGUUUAUCUAACUUCACUUUCCAGUCGGGAAAUGCAGCCUGACACAGACAUGAAGCACCAAACAUGUUCUUGAGACAUUGUAGACUCAAGCAGGGUUAGAUUUUGUCACGUGGCGCGUCCCUGCUGGUGGCCAUGUUGCCAUGCGGUGAUUGUACGCCAGUGCCUCACACAAGCACACUCCAAAAAACACUCAACAUCCACUGUGAGAUUUUUAGUUUUACUGCAUGCCCUCGUCAUGUUCCACGUCUUUGAAAUGAACAGCGACAUCCGACGUGUUUUUUGCCAUCUGAGAACAAGAAGAUAUUUUUUGACAGUCCGAGCCCGUCCGUCAGCCACAGCAUCGACAUGAUCUGCCGUGAGAGCGAGGGGAAGCAGCAGCCAGCAGGAAGUGGUGGUGUCUCAGGCUGAAUGUAGGAUUCUUAAUGAAAGCUGGCUGUUGCUGUGUUUAGAUAGCGUCACUGUUGUCAGCCCAGUUUUAAUCAGAUUAAGUGUCUACUAGCAGCUUUUUGUUACGUUUUUUCCCCUCACACACACACACACACACACACACUAAUGUACUCAUAGUCUGUAAAUAUUUCAUUGAUGCAUCAUUUUAAUUUUAGACCUUUUUUUUUUUUUUUUACAUCUCAUUCUUCCGUGAGUUGCGUCUCUGUUUUUGUAAAAGCUGCUUCGGUGAACGGUGCAUAUGUUGAUCAUUUGUUUUUGUAUUUUCUGCAAGCUGCUAAUGGAAACUUGGUCCUUUUUACAACAUGUACUUAAUUAAAGAUCUUGUAUUUUUUCCUGCCCUCUCCAUGGAAAGCUGUGCGCACACGGUGUGCACAGCCGCGUUGACUGCGCCAAGUAACCCACACCCCACUGACUAUAAUAUGGUAAUGUACAGAGCACCGUUAAAAAAUUUCCUGUAUUCUCUUGAAAACAAACCCUUGUAUUUUCCUGUUAUAUGUAAAGUACUAAAGAAAAUGCAAUACA